AUGGUGACUGUCUUAUCCAUUGCCUCUAUCAGUUAUGGAGAUUUGAGCUACUCUAUUCCUGAGGAAACAAAAAUUGGAUUUGUGAUUGGAAAUAUUGCAGAAGAUGUUGGAAUCGUCCAAAGGGCCAUAUCGACGCGCAAAGCUCGUCUGAAUAUUGUGGGCAGCCGUAAACGAUACUGUAAAAUUAAUUCGGAGUCUGGGAACCUAAUCGUCGCUGAGAGAAUAGACCGGGAACAGCUUUGUGGACCGAAGACGUCUUGCUUUCUGAAUUUUGAAAUGGUUCUGGAGAAUCCCCUGGAAUUACAUCGCAUUACUGUCCACAUAAAAGAUAUUAAUGAUAAUUCACCCAUGUUUGCAACAGAUAUAAUUAAAUUUGAGAUAAGCGAGUCGGCUGAUAAAGGAGCUCGUUUCGCUGUCGGUGAAGCUCAUGAUGCUGAUAUCGGAGUAAACGAUGUUCAAAGUUAUUCAUUACAGACGAACGAACAUUUUCUAUUUGAAAUGCACAGUGAUUCCGGUGGAGGGAAAUAUGGCGAGUUAGUGUUAGAAAAGGAGUUAGAUCGUGAACAGCAGCAAGAGGUUAAAUUAAUACUCACCGCUACUGAUGGAGGCAUUCCACAGAGAUCGGGCACUGUAGUCAUACUCGUCACUGUGCUUGAUGCUAAUGAUAAUGUUCCAGUUUUUAGCCAGGCUGUUUAUAGAGCCAGUUUACCUGAAAAUCGUCCAGUUGGGACGGAAGUGGUUAGUGUAAGUGCCACUGAUGCAGAUGAAGGUGCAAACGGUCACGUGACGUAUGACUUUGUUCGAAUCUCUGAUGAGGUGAGUAAACUGUUUGCCCUUGAUCAGACAACCGGGGCUAUAGUAUUAUGUAGUUCUCUAGAUUUCGAGGAGGAAAUAUCUUAUGACUUGAAGGUUCAAGCAAAAGACGGCUCUGGACUUGUUUCAUUUUCUAGUGUUAUAGUCGAAGUCAUCGACGUUAACGACAAUGCUCCUCAAAUAUUCGUUCAGUCAGACACUCACUACAUCUCUGAAAAUGCUCCACCUGGUACAGAGGUGGGUAUAAUAAAUUUGCAAGAUAAAGACUCGGGUGCUAACGGUCAGGUACAUUUCUCCAUUCAGUCCAACGUUCCUUUCAAGCUGAACCCAUCAAUUAAAAAUUAUUAUUCCCUUGUAACUACAGCUGAACUUGAUCGUGAACUUGUGCCACAAUAUAACAUAACGAUCACUGCAGCUGAUGAGGGCACACCACCUUUAUCUUCAGCCAAGACAAUUCACUUAAUAUUAUCAGACGUUAACGACAAUCCACCUGAAUUUGAAGAGCUGUCCUACAGCGCUUUUGUGACAGAGAAUAAUAAACCAGGAACCUCCAUUUGUUCUGUUACAGCCCGAGAUCCAGAUUUCAGGCAAAAUGGUACAGUGUUCUAUUUUUUGGUGUCAAGUGAGGUGCAAGGUGUACUCCUAUCUUCGUUUUUGAGCAUUAACGGAGACACAGGUGUUAUACGUGCUGUGGCGUCGUUUGAUUAUGAGAAAUUCAGAAGCUUUACUUUUCAAGUUUUGGCCAGAGACAGCGGUUCUCCUCCACUCAGCAGUAACGUGACUGUGCACAUCUUCAUAACUGAUGAAAAUGACAACUCUCCGCAGAUAUUAUACCCCGCUCCAGAGGAUAAGUCUUUUAUGACUGAGGUUGUACCUAAAGCUGUUCUGUCUGGCUCUCUAGUCUCCAAGGUGAUCGCUGUGGAUGCUGACUCCGGACAGAAUGCUUGGCUAUCUUAUCAGAUUGUUAAAUCUACUGAUCCGGGACUUUUCACAAUCGGUGUUCACAGUGGAGAGAUAAGAGCACGGCGAGACAUUUCUGAAUCUGACAGCACUAAACAGAACCUUAUCAUCUCAGUGAAAGACAAUGGAAAUCCACCUUUAUCUACAACAUGCACAGUAUUUUUAAUUAUUUCAGAUGAUCUUGCGGACGUUCCAGAACUAAAAGACAUGCCUUAUGAGCAGAGUAGUUCAAACUUGACUUCGUAUUUGAUUAUUGCCCUGGUGUCAGUUACUACACUUUUCAUGUCGUUUAUAAUACUCAUCUUUGCUGUGAGGUAUUGUCGCAGAGGAAAGCCAAGACCGAUUUUUGAUGGAGCAGUCGCCAUCCCAAGCGGUUAUUUACCAAAAAACUAUGCAGAAUUCGAUGGAACUCUCCGCAGUUCUUGCAAUUAUGACGCAUACUUAACGACCGGCUCACGUACCAGUGAUUUCAAAUUCUUAAGCUCCUACAACGAGAACACGAUGCUCACAGAUCAAACGCUGAAGAUGAAUACAAACUGUCCUAUUGGAAAAAGUGAACUGUGCCCCGGUGUUGUUGAGGAAUCCGUUGAGUUUCCGGAGACUGCACAGAGUGUCGCUCUUGACCAACACUCAGUAAGAGUUUGUCAUUGCACUUAUCUGGUAUGGGAGGAGCAGAACGGUAUUGAAAUGGUGGAAAUAGCGCGGUUCGUCGCUGGCAGUAUUUGA